AUGUCUGACGGCAAAGCAGGCGUCGAGACCUUGGAACGCGUCGAGACGUAUGUCAGGACACCGCAAUGGAUUCAAGACCUUACAGUCGAGGAAAGGCUCGAGCGAGAAAAGAAACUACGCGCAAAGAUUGAUCUCAGAUUAAUGCCGAUGAUUGUUGUCAUGUACAUCCUCAACUACCUCGACCGCAAUAACAUUGCCGCUGCCGGCCUAGCUGGUUUGAACGAAGAUGUGGAUCUCCAGGGCGAUGAGUUCCAGAUCUGUGUUAGUAUCCUCUUUGUUGGAUAUUUACUCAUGCAGGUGCCGUCGAAUAUGAUUUUGAAUAAGCUCGGAAAGCCAUCACUGUACCUCCCUGGAUGUAUGAUCGUCUGGGGCACCAUCUCAGGAGCUACAGCAGCCGCCAAAUCUUUUGGUGGCAUCUUGGCCGCUCGGUUUGUUUUGGGAUUCGUCGAGGCUGCCUACUUUCCCGGGUGCCUCUACUUUCUAUCGUGUUGGUACACAAGAAAAGAGCUUGCAUUGAGGACCGGCAUCUUAUACAGCGGAUCUUUGCUCUCGGGCGCAUUCGGUGGCCUCAUCGCGGCUGGUAUACUGAAAGGAAUGGACGGUGUUGCUGGAUUAUCUGCCUGGCGCUGGCUGUUUAUCAUUGAAUCUAUCCUGACUAUUAUCGUCGCAUUCGUUGCUUUUUUUUGCAUCCCGGAUCUGCCACGGACUACGAAGUGGCUUGACGCGCAAGAGAGGGAGCUAGCCGCCUGGAGACUUGAAGCUGAUAUUGGCGAGGAGGACUGGGUUGAUAGCAGUCAUCAAUCUCCAACCCAUGGCCUGAAGCUUGCAGUCAAAGACGUCAAGACUUGGAUCAUCCUAGCUGUCAUCUAUGGUAGCACUGCCAGUGGCUCCAUGACCACGUUAUUUCCUACUGUCAUGAAGGGCCUUGGAAAGGACAGUGUCACUACCCUGCUCUUGACCACGCCGCCGUACCUCAUUGCCGUGAUCGCCUGCUUGACGAAUGCCUGGCACGCGGACAAGACGGGAGAGCGCUACUUACACAUUGCUGUGCCGCCGUGCUUUGCUUUAGUCGCAUAUGUCAUUGCUGCCGCUACAACGGGUUUCGCGCCAAGAUAUUUUGCAAUGUGCGUCAUGGUUGCCGGAACUUAUUCUGGCUAUGUGGUUGCCCUUGGAUAUAUCUCAAAUAUCCUUCCCCGACCUGUAGCAAAACGUGCUGCAGCUCUUGCCAUGAUUAAUGCCCUUAGCAAUGUAUGUCAGAUAUAUUCGCCAUAUCUGUAUCCUGCAUCGGCCGCCCCAAGAUACACCGUGGCUUUCUGUGUCAACAUUGGUAUGUCGGCCAUGACGAUAAUCUCGGCGACCGUCCUACGAUUCUACUUGCGUCAUUUGAACAAGAGACUCGAUCAGGAUGAGGAAACACAAGAUAUUGGCUCUGGGAACCAGGCCACCAACGAAAGGGAGGAGCAUGGCUUACCUGGUACAGCGGUGCGCCGCGGCUUCCGUUUCAUGCUGUGA